AUGGGCUGUGAGAACUCUAUUUCUUAUACACACCAUGUUAGAUUUCCUCUAAAAGAUAGUGUGAGCCCUUUGAGGACCAAAUGUUUUCGUGGGAAAAAAGUCCAUGGAGAAUAUGACAUCAAAGUCGAGCAGGCACAAUUUUCAGAGGUCAGUUUGAUAGCUCAUGCUGAUGGGAAUUAUUCUGUAAAUGUGCAAGCUUUUCGAAAUGGCACUAAAGUUGUCAAGUCAUUCAAGCCUGACUUUGUUCUUGUCCGGCAACACUCAUUCAGCAUGGCUGAAAACGAAGAUUUUCGUAACUUAAUUAUUGGAAUGCAUUAUGCAAGCAUCCCAAGUGUUAACUCUCUAGAGUCAAUCUACAACUUCUGUGACAAGCCCUGGGUA